GUACAUGUGACCAGAUGCACCCAUGUUCACAGAUAUGUAUAGAGACCAGCCCACAUAGGUUGAGGUGUGAUUGUACCCCUGGUAAUGUUCUUUCAGGAAACGGCUUCCUUUGUUUAGGUAUAGAACUGGAAGGCGAAACCAUCGACAUCGACAGCGAGGUGCCCACGACGGACGGCAUCCUCACCGACGAUGAGGACAUGGUGGAAGGGAGCGGUUCCGGUGACGGAGAGGACGGCGGCGAGGGUCCUCCAGAUCAGACGGCUGAUCUGACGUGUGAUGAUUGGCCAUGUGAGAACGGGGGUACAUGUUACAUCGUAGGCGAUACCCCCAUGUGCACCUGUACCCUUGGAUGGGAGGGGGCAAUGUGCGAGGAAGCUCUAAAAAUCCGCUUCCCACGUUUCUAUGGCAAUUCCUACCUCUCGAUGCCGGUACCAGCAUACAAGUUAUACCAGUCUUUCUUCAUAACCAUCUCCUUCAAGCCAGAGUCUCUCAACGGGAGACUGCUCUUUGCUAGCCAAGAGGAGGACGGUAAAGGAGACUACAUAGCCAUAGGGCUGGUCAAUGGAAAGGCAGUCUUCAGGUUUGACUGCGGCCAGGGUGCUGCCGUGAUCACCAGUGAAAACAGUGUUAGCCUCUACAAGUGGCACACACUCAAGAUCGGGAGAGACCAUCGAAAAGGUUGGCUUCAACUCGACGAUGCUCAAAUUGUCCGGGGAAGCACACCGGGUGUAUACUCCAAGGUCACACUUAGGGGAGACCUCUUUGUUGGAGGCUACAACGUGAGUGCAGAGAUACGGGAUGGUCUGAGGGUCAAGCACAUGUUUGAAGGAUUUCGAGGAUGUAUCGAGAGCAUCGACAUUGCAAACAUGGACUUGGAUCUUAGGCCUCAACCCAAGGGUUCCAUGGUAGGCGGACAGAAUGUUGGUGAAUGCAGUGAAGGUGUAUGCAAGCAUCAUGUAUGUACCAAUGGAGGGUCCUGUAUCAGCAGGUCACCGGAUCAAGCCAUGUGUCUGUGCCCCCUCGGAACACACGGCUCCGUGUGCGAGGAUGUAAUUGAGAUCCACACUCCGUCCUUCAAUAGCUCGCACUCCUCCCACAUCGCUCAUGACACCCUGGGUAAGAAACAUCUCUCCUUCCUCCAGAUGGAGAUCAUCUUCAAACCCAAGGAGCCAUCAGGGAUCCUCAUCUACAGCGGCACUGAGUCCAGGGACGGAGAUUUCUUCUCCAUUACUCUGGAUGAGAACUACAUCGGAUUCAAGUUUGAUUGUGGUUCGGGACCAGCUGUUCUGAGAUCAACACAGCCAGUCACACUCCAUGAAUGGCACAUAGUAGAAGUAUCAAGAACAGCCAGGGAGGGUAUGCUAAGAGUGGACAACCAACCUACCGUCACGGCAUUAGCUCCUGGAGCUUUUACGCAGACAUCAUUCGAUACAAACCUUUAUAUCGGAGGCAUUGAUGAUAUCGACCUCUUAUCGAGAGAAGUGGCAGUCAAGAAUUCAUUCAGUGGAGAUAUUCAAAGGGUGCUGGUCAAUGACAACCAAUUAGAUCUCAUCAGUGAAGCAGUGGGAGGGGCUAAUGUUGGCAACGCCCACCACCCAUGCCAGGGACAGCCAUGCCUUAACAACGGGGAAUGCCAUCCUCUUCACGAAAACUAUCUCUGUGACUGUAGGUUAGGCUUCAUGGGAGACAACUGUGAAAUAGAAAUUGAAGAAGAUGUUUCAGAGCCUAGUUUUACGGGAAGGAGUUACCUUUGGUAUGCCAGCAAUGAAAUCACUUCUAGAUUGUCUGGGGAAAGAAACAUCUUCUCCUUUGAACUCCGGGCCACAGAACCCAACGGUCUGGUCUUAUGGGCAGGUCAUUCAAGUAUGACCUCAGGAAGUGAUUUCAUUGCCAUGGGCCUUGAAGAUGGCUUACUCUUAUUAAGAUUUGACCUCGGUGGAGGGGAGGCAGUGCUAAGAAGCAGAAGACCUGUCAAUGACGGGGAGUGGCACGUCGUCAGGAUAGACAGGCUAGGAAUUGUGGGUAUAAUGGAAGUCGACAAUGACGACGCAGUGACCAAUCAAGCGACUGGAGAAGACUUCAGGCAACUCAAUGUCAAUGAUGGCCUGUACCUAGGUGGAAUGGACGACAUUGGUGAGACGACGAUGAACCUGUACACAACAGGCUUGACAGGGUGCCUCAGGAACUUCAAGAUUGACCAAAGCCUUAAGGUUUUCUCAAUGGAACAACCCGAUGGUGGCAGGAGCAUUAGACAGUGUUCAUAAUCCACCCAGAGCAAAAGAGACUCUUUUUCCUCAUCACUGUCUUCAAGUCCAGCCUCAAAAGACUUUUGUACGGCCUUGGAGGAUGAGAGUUCAGUUGCGUCUUGUCGCACAACCUGUCCAGUGUUCAGUGGUGGAACUCUGAUCUUAGCCAAAGCCACGGUAUCAUCUGCUUCAAGUA